UAUGGUAUAGAAAGGGCGGUUGAAAAAACAGGCAUCCUGCUGCUAUAUUUCCAACGGCCAUGGCAUCAGUAAGGUGCUUGACCGUUAAUCAGCGUCUCAGUCGUCAUCAUUCUCAUUCAAAAGGUGGCGGCAGCAGUACUAAAGGGCAAGUAGAGCAAGUUUCAGUAGUACAAAAAGUGCUGCCCAUUUCCUCGUCAUUGAUUUCUUGUUCAAGAAGAUGUGCUGCCAUUCUCAUUAGUACUUGGCUGCCUAUCACCCUCAUUUCAGCAGCGUCUCCUCCUCCGCCUUCACUUGCGAGAGAGCGACGCAACAGGAAAAUCAUCCCCCUUGAAGACUACCGCACAACCCCUGAUGGAUUAAAAUAUUAUGAUUUGGUUGAGGGAAGGGGUCCAGUAGCUGAGAAAGGAUCAACAGUUGAGGUCCACUUUGACUGCUUGUAUCGGGGGAUUACAGCCGUGUCAAGCAGGGAAUCUAAACUCUUGGCCGGAAAUCGUAGUAUCGCGCAGCCAUACGUGUUCAAAGUUGGAGCUACUCCGGGGAAAGAACGAAAGCGUGAGUUUGUGGACAAUGCCAAUGGUCUAUUUUCUGCACAAGCUGCACCAAAACCCCCUCAAGCAAUGUACUCGGUAACUGAGGGGAUGAAAGUCGGGGGAAAGCGAACUGUGAUUGUUCCUCCAGAGGCUGGCUAUGGCCAAAGGGGCAUGAAUGAGAUCCCUCCUGGUGCAACGUUUGAGCUAAAUCUGGAGCUUUUGCAAGUAAUUCAGCCAGACGGAAAGUGAGCCUGGCACAGGUUGAUUACAGUAGUUUAUUUUCGCUCGACAAUCUCCCGUCUCAUGUUUCGGUGGGAGAAUGGGGAUGAGUUGGAAGUUGAAACCGCCAUUUUCAAAGAGUAGGGAUAAACUUGAGAGAGACUUGUGUACGCAACGGAAAGUUUGUAAAGGUCAUAUGGCUCAUAUCAAUUGAAUCUGCAUUUUCAAUACGUAA